GACCAAUUCUCCGGCUUCAUGGUCGACUCCGCCGAAGGCUGGAACAAAUUCCGCAAGGCUUCUUACACCGUCAAGCCUUUCGGCCCCUACGACGUCGACAUCAAGGUCUCCCACUGUGGUGUCUGCGGAUCAGAUGUCCACACCAUUACCUCUGGUUGGGGCGCAGCUGAUUACCCUGUUGUUCCCGGACACGAGAUCGUCGGUACUGCCAUUCGUGUCGGAGAGAAGGUGAAGAGCAUCAAGGUCGGUGACCGCGUCGGUGCCGGUGCACAGAUCUGGUCUUGCAUGGACUGUAACCGCUGCAAAACCGACAACGAGAACUACUGCGCUAAGCAGGUCGACACUUACAACGCCAAAUACGACGACGGAUCCAAGACUUAUGGUGGAUACGCCUCCCACGUCCGUGGUCACGAGCAGUUCAUCUUCCCCAUCCCCAAGGAGUUGGAGUCUGAAGUUGUUGCGCCCAUGUUGUGUGGUGGACUCACCGUCUACUCCCCACUCGUUCGCCACGGUAUCGUCGAGGGGUGCAAGAACAAGAAGGUCGGAAUCGUCGGUAUCGGUGGUCUGGGCCACUUCGGAGUCAUGUUCGCAUCUGCCCUCGGUGCCGAGGUCUACGCAUUCUCGCACUCCCCCUCCAAGGAGGCGGACGCGAAGAAGAUGGGCGCUGCACACUUUGUCGAUACCUCCAAGGACAAGUGGGAGGAGGGCAUCCCGGAGCUUGACGUCAUUUUGUCAACCAUCGACAUCUCCUCCCACAUCCCCCUCCAAACCCUCCUCUCCCUCCUCACCGUCGACGGCUUCUACACAAACCUCGGUCUCCCCGACCAAGAUCUCCCCCAAUUCAACGCAAUGGAUCUCAUGUCGAACGCGGCCCAUAUCGGUGGUUCCCAUAUCGGAUCCAAGAAGGAGUGUUUGGAGAUGUUGGAUUUGGCGGUGAGGAAGGGUGUUAAGACGUGGGUGCAGAGGGUUAAGGUCAGCGAGGAGGGCUGUGGGGAGGCGGUUACGAGGCUUAAGACGAACGAUAAUGUUAGGUAUAGGUUGGUUUUGACCGACUUUGAGGAGGUUUUUGGAAAGGAGUAAAGUCAUAUAUGGGGUGUAUGAUAGGGAUAUCCUGAGGGCAUAUGGCUUAUGUGUCAGUAUGAAUGAA